UCAACAGAUAAUUAAAGAAAAUCGUACUAUUUUACGCCAAAUCCAUCUGUCAAAGCGUACAAUAACAAUAGCCCGAAACGUCAGUGCGCACUUUUGACACUUACAUAAUUCGGUGCAACUUUGGAAAGCGCCAGCCAAUGAUUCGCCAGUUCUGGAACCGCUACAAGGUCGUGAUCAUCUUCCCAGCGCUCGCGUUCGGCUCGAUUGCGGCAGACUACAGCUAUACCCGGCAGUGGAAAAAGACUCGCCUGGAGCAGAUUCAGCAGCAGCAGCAGCAGGCCCAACAACAACAGCUCGCCUAAAGCAGCACUCAAUCUCAACCAACCAACGCACACGCCAAUCAACGCGAUGUUCGGGCUGAACCGUCAGUAUCUGUGGAGUGUGGUGCCGCUGUUCGGGUUCGGCGUCGGCUGGUUCCUCGACCGGAAGGAAACGGAACGCAUGACCAUGUUCCGCGACAAGAGUGCCCUGUACGGCCGCACGCUGAAGGAGGGCGAGAAGCCAUCGUGGCCUUAGGCGGGCAGCCGGAGAGCGAAAGAGAGCGAUUGAAGUACCCCCCUUCUAGAGAGCGAAAUACAUUGAUGUUGUGAACUCGGA